AUGGACCUGGAGGGGUUCUACCGAGAAGAUCAUGCUUUCUACAAGGUCAAAAUUGGCGAUUCCAACGUUAAAGUUGGCCCAAUAAGGACGCCUGAGGAACUUCACAUCGGGACCCACGGCCUACAAUGGAAUGACCAGGGAGAGAGGCUCGCCGAGUUCAUCAUGACGACUAAGACCAUCCAUGGGGACUCGCAAUUUCAGAAGCCCUCUUCUUUACGCUGGACGUGGGAGUCACCCGGUGGAGGGUACCGUAAUGAAAUAGACCACAUCAUCGUCAAUAAAAGGUUUUGCCUGACGGACGUCGCUGUUGUACCAAAGUUCUAUACGGAUCGCACCACCGCCUCCUCCGAGGAAGAUUUGAUCUGGGAUUCUUCGCUACGCUAG